AUGAAUAAAAGGAUAUUUAGUUUAGUUUUUAUCGUCUUGUAUAUCCUUUUGGAUGUAUCAAUACAUUGCUCUGAACAGAAAGGGUCUGGAUUAAGAAAUAGAAUCAUUCGUGCUAUCAAAAAAAUAAAGAGAAGUAACAAAAAAAAUGAUACAGAAACUAAAAGCAAAAUUCAAUUAAAUAAUAACAAUAAUAACGAUUCUAUUGAUGAUAAAGAUAAUAAAGAUGAUAAAGAUAAUAAAGAUAAUAAAGAUGAUAAAGCUAAUAAAAAUGAUAAAAAUAAUAAAGAUGUUUAUACUGAUUAUUACAGAAAUUACAAUCAUAAAAAGCCCCAAUACGCUAUACUUUGUCUUGGUUUAUGUUUUCCAUUUGAAACAGAUGAGAUGGAGGCCCUCGAAUAUGCACUUACGUGUUAA